AUGCGUCGGCCGACUGCCGCCCAGGUGUCGGUCAUCAAGCGGGUCCACGACGUGGACUACGCUGGAGCCCUCCAGGAGCUCCUCGGGCGCAAGGAUCUUUAUUCGAAUAUGGGUGAGGCCACUGCUCGCCGUGACUACGACGCAGACAUGCUCAACGUGCUGCGCUGGCCACCUGGCGAACGGCCUCGCCAGCUGCGUGACGUUGCCCCUCGGCAUGUCUCCGAGACGCUGGGCAACUUUGACUCAGAACGUCGUUCGGCCCAGGUCAACCAGCUGCACAGGCUUCCACCUCGGACCGUGCUGGCGCCCGGGGGGGUCUUCGGCUCCAUCAAGUUGCCCGACGCCGUUGAUGCGAGCCCCGCGGACUUGCCUGACUUCGAUGGCUGUUGCGACUCGCCGUGCGUAGGCUCAGCCGAUCUCUUGGACGGGUUCUACCAGUUCGCCGACCCGUCCUGGGGCAGCUGGAUGCGCUUCGACAUCGAGGCCGCCGCCGACGAGCUCGGGCUCGACUCGAUCGACGACGAGAAGCUGGGCCGCCGCGCGGCCGUCGACGGCGACCACGCCAUCUGGCCCUGCUUCGCGGCGGCGCCGAUGGGCCGGGGCCGGGAACUCUGGAUCUGCCACGAGGUUCUCGUCGACGCAAUGGACGCGGCGGGCCUCCCCGGCGACGGCCGGCGCCUUGGCGAGGCUCGCGCCGCGACCUUGGUCGGGCAGGCCGUCGCCAGGGCGCCGUGCGUCGACGACGGGAAUCUCGUCUCGCUCAGCGCGCCAGCGCUCGACGCCCGCCGGGAGAAGCCCACCGCCGAGCUGAGCGGAUGCGGGCCGCGCUGGCGCACGGCCAAGCGGGCCUGGAGGCUCUACCUCGCGCUCCACCACGUGCUGCGCGAGCCCUGGCUGGCCCGCUGGCACCUGCGGCGCAUCGUCGGCCACCUUGCGCGCCACUUCUCCGCGGCGCGCCCAGGGCUCAGCGCGCUUGGGGCCUUCUACACGUUCAUCGGGGGCGGCGACCUGGUGCACCUGUGCCGAGUGACGUCCGAAGUCGCCUUCGCGACCGACAGCUCGGUGCGGGGCUGCACUGUCUGCGAGGCCAGGCUGGAGCCGUGGGAGGUCCUUGCCGCCGCCAGGUGGCGAGGGCGGCAGCAGCGCGCCCCCGCCGCGGUCGAAGUGGCGCCCGGCGACGAGCUGUGCGAGGGCCGCGCUGCUGGGUUCGGCGACCUGCCCGACCCGCCGAUCGAGCCGCCGCUGCGACUGCGGCGCGCGGUGGCCGAGAGGCGGCGCGUCGAGCUGGAGAUCGGAGCGCUCCCAGAGCCCCUGGCCAAGGCGCUGCUGGGCGCCAGUUGCUGGGUCGAGCGCCGGCGAGUCGCGCGGCGGCGCCCAGGUCGGAUCCGCGCUCUGGAGGCGCGGGCGGCUGUCGCGCCGCUGUGGCAUGCGCCCGGCAUCCACCACGUCGCGAACCACGGGGGCCGCGCGGCCGAUCGGGGCGAGUUCCUCGCGGGGCGCUACCGAGGGCGAGGGGCCCUCUCUCUCUCGGCGCCAGCCGAGCGGGGCCGCCAGACGCCCGCGUGCCCGCCGGCCGCGAGCAGCGCCACCCCAUUGCCUGCCGCGGCCCUCGAGAAUGCGGGCCACCCGGAGUUCAUCAGCAGGGCCAACAUGGACACCUUGGGCCACCUGGAGAUCCUCAGCGGGGCCUGCGUGGACAUUGCCACCUGGUGGGCCCCCGUCGGGGGCGAUCGUGAGCCGUCGCAUGCGGACCGCGCACUGGUCGCCUUCACUGUCUGUGUCCUGUGGUUGUGCCGGGCCGCGGGCGUUCUCGUCGCUUUCGAGAACCCGCCUGCGAGCCGGGUCUGGAGGUGGCCAGCGCCGGAGCAGGAGCUGCGAAGCCUCCUCUGGCCGAAGGUGCUGUUCGACUCGUGCAGGUUCGGCGCGCCCUUCAAGAAGCCGGGCGCGAUCGCGGGGGGCCUUCCCGCGCUGAGCGGGCUGUCGCUUCGCCACAGGGUGGAGCUGCGGGCGCCGCCGCAGGGUGGAGCUGCAGGGCAAGGCCAGGCACCCGGCGCGAGGCCGGACGUAGCGCGCGACGUUGGCAGGAAGGAGCCCACCUGCCCAGCCGGCGCCGCUUGCUGCGCUCUCGGCUCCCUUGGAGACCAGGCUGGGCCACGGCGCUCGACCCGCGCCCGAGAGGGCGCCGACGCUGCAGCCAGGCCGCGCGCGGGCUGGGCGCCCUGGCGCCUGCGUGCCAUCACGCCCGCGGCCUUUCGCCCUGGGCGAGGCGCCCGGCCGCGCUGGCGGCCUCGGGCGACGCCUGGUGCCGCCGCCCUGGAGGCUACGGCUGAGCAGCUCGGGCGGGCCGCUCUCAGGCUGGCCAUAGUCGACAGCGACGCGCCUGCCAUGGUCGAUUUGACCGACUCUGCUCAGCGACGUGACCGCACCGACCGUGUCCGACGGCACGCUCAAUUUGUACUUCGGGGGCCCCUGUAUUUGGCUCGCAACGCAGAGUGCGGCCUGUGCGAGUUCGUGGGCACUCCGAGAGACAGGCUCGGUUUCGAACCCGAGCACUUCUUCGGCUCCCGCACCUCUGGCUGCUCGGCGGACAUCGCAGUGGGCGUGGCCCCGCCAGGGGAAAGCAAGCAUGCGAAAAACAAGACUCUGAUCGCAUUGCGAAGGCAGGUGCUGACUUGCCCUUCCGUCGCGCGGUUUCCGAGAUCCUAUUUAGGACCUCUCCAGAAGCUGCUCCUGCUCGUGGGUCACGAGGCACUGACCUAUUGGCUGCUUCGGCCACCUGAGCCUCCGACGCCGAUCUGCCUGCCGUGCGAGUUCAGGUGCCCGGCGCUGAAGGAGCCGAGGCCCACGGCGCCGACGGCCGCCAAGGAGGCGGGCCCGCAGUGGAGCUCGUUGCUCCAGGCCUUCACCGCUGGCGGCAUGGCGAUCGCCCCGCGCGCCGUCGUGGACUCGGAGUUUUGGAAGAUUCUGAUGCCGGGGUCCCAGCUGCUGGUGUGGUACGGCGACGACAACGUGUGGCAUGAGAGGCUGGCGGUGUGGCCAGUCCAGGGUGCCCAGUGGGUGCUGCAGACGCCAGACAAGGACGUGUACGCGGAGUACCUGGACGGGUCCGAUCCGGACGGCCUCGAGCGCGCCAUCCCGCUGCUGGUAUCCAGCGCCGUGCUCCAGUUCCACGCCGCGGAUGCCGUGCUUGCGGCCAUGUGCCACAGAGCCUGGAGGGGCUUGACCGCGCUAGCCUGGGCGGACCCGUGGGGCGGGCUGGCGGGGGCGCUGGCUGGCGCAGCGGCGCUGGGGGGGCAGCGGCCUGCUGGUAGCUGGGCGCGGCGGCCCGACGCUGGCCAGCGCGCAGGGGGGCUGGUGGGCCGGCUGGCUGGCGGCUGCUGGUACAAGAGGGGCCUAGGGUCCCGGGAGGGCUUUCGCGGAGAGGUGCAGAGGGGGGAGGGCCUCCGCGGAGCGAUGCAGAUGCCUGGCGCCGCGGCUCCAACCAGCCUGACAGGGCCCGCGCGGCCCGGGUGGCUGUGCCAGAAGGCCCUGCAGGAGGCCGAGUGCAUGGAGGUCAAGCUCGCCGCCGACCCGUGCGGAUCCCACAGCGAGGCCGUCUCGACCGCGGUGUCGUCCACGCCGACCUGCCCUUUCCGAGCGGGUGCCGACGCGACAGCCACCAUAGAUUUCGUGGACGACUUUGCUACUAUCGAGGAGGAUCCACCAGCGGUCGUUGGCGAGAUGGCCAGGCGGGGCUGCCCAGAAGAGGAUCCGCCAGCGACCGUCGGCGAGAUGGCCAGGUGGCGCACGCGCCGCUCGAGGAAAGAGGCGGGACGGAAGGCCUUGGUGGCCAUCUUCUGGCGCUCCCACCACUUGUCGCACGAGCACUCGGUCCUGUGCAGCAGUGAUUGCAUGCGGUGA